AUGAGGGGUAGGAGUUAUAGUUACAGCCCUUCACCGCCUAGGGGUUACAGCAGACGACGUCGUAGCCCUAGCCCUAGAGGUCGCUAUGGAGGUCGUGGUAGGGAUCUUCCCACCAGUCUCUUGGUUCGCAAUCUUCGCCAUAACUGCAGGCCAGAGGAUUUGCGUGGGCCAUUUGGGCAAUUUGGCCCCCUCAAGGACAUCUACUUGCCCAGGGAUUAUUAUACCGGGGAGCCACGUGGCUUUGGAUUUGUUCAGUUUGUAGACCCUGCUGAUGCUGCAGAUGCCAAAUACCAUAUGGAUGGGCAAAUUCUCCUUGGACGGGAAGUAACAGUUGUAUUUGCCGAGGAAAACAGAAAGAAGCCAUCAGAAAUGAGGGCAAGAGAUCGUGUUAGGGGUCGGUCAUACGAUAGAAGACGGUCUUCCUCUCGGUAUUCUCGUUCACCGCGAUAUGCUCGAACCUACUCUCGAAGUCCUGAUUGCUAUUCACCUUCUCCUAGGCGGAGGCGGUACUCAAGCAUUUCUUAUUCUGAUUCAGGUCAAUUUCACCUAGGGACAGAAGGUACCGGGAGCCAUCACGCUCAAGAUCUCCCUAUGGUUCAAGGAGCCGUAGCCGAAGCUUUAGUAGGAGCCGGAGUCAUAGCUUGGACUACUCUCAGUAGUGGGACUUUGUAG